AUGACAGUACUUCACUUCUUGAGCUGCGUAGGAAUAACCUAUGCCCCAAUAUACAUUGCUUACAAGUCAACUAGAAUUGGCGAGUUCAAAUCAUUCUCACCAGUUCUGUUUGGCGCUGCUGGCUAUUUUGUAACGCAGUUGGCAAAGAUGAUGUUGCUCGCUACAUUCUUGCCAUCGUUUGAUACAUCAAUAUAUAGCGUAUAUCAAGAGGUUAUUCGCCUGUUCAACGGUGUUGUCGACUUGUUUGCAAUCUUUGUUUUGCUGCAUCUGUCGCACGCACCAAAGGAUGUGCGCGCCCUUGGCAUCGGCCUGGGUUGGGCACUGGCCGACGCACUACCUCGUGUCUACUCGCUGUGGGGCGCCAUGCCACUCGAGUUUGACAGCAUGCACCUGAUCAACUCAUUCGAGAGCAACGUCGCGACACUUCACUCGGUGGCCAUCUGCUACGUGGUGGCCUCGCUGACACGCAAGCAAAAGAAGAGCGGCAACAACAGCAACAACAGCGGCAGCAACAUGCUCACAGACUUCCUGUCGAUCCUCAGGACGCCAUCGAUGGCCCUGCUCUCUCUGAUCAUCUAUCUGACUGUGCCACUGGUGCACAGCUAUCUCAACCUGGUCGUUGGCGCCAAUGCCUUUGUCCUUCUCGCUGUAAAUAUCGCAAUGGUCUUGGCCAACUCAUUACUGAUCGUCAGCGGUCCACUCAAGUCUGAGCUUGCCUCAUCAUCAUCGCCCACAAUGGCAAGACAAUAA